AUGACGUCAUUUGUUUGGUUACGUCGAGCGAAUGGUGGCUGUGGGUUCAAUUCUCGAUCGGCGUGUGAUAGUCCGACGACCUUGAAGUCUUCACUCAUAAUUCCAGUCGACCCAGAGGUAAAUGGAAUGAAAAUUACUCUGAUGUUACUCGUUGUUGCUGUAAUGAUGAUGGGUCUAGAAGCCCACUCAACACAUGUUCAUGUUCGUGUAAGAAGAGGUUGGUUAUGGGGUAAGAGAGAUGUGAAAGGUGCUGAUUUUGAUGCUGCCUAUAAUGCUGCUGCUGAAGAUGAUGUUUUUACUGACGAUGAGAUAAAAUCAGUAUUUGGUGUUGAUGUGGACGAGUUCAAAGCAGCAUAUGAUUUGAACGGCAAGUACCAGUCAAUGAUUAUACACAAUGAUAUUAUUUUUACAGAUGAUGGGGUGGUAAAAGUAUUAGAGUACGAGUUGGUCAACAAAGUGAACCAAGAUGAAUAA